AUGGAGGUCGACUCGAACCCCGCCGAUCAGCGCACCUCGCGCAAGCACCUGCGCAGCAGCUCCGAUGACAUCGACUACGACUGGAGCUCGGACGAAUCGGGCCGUUUCGACGAUGCAGACGAACCAGAGAUGGAGGAUUUGAAGUCGCCAUCGGCCAAGUCCAAACGCCGCCGUUCCAACGAUUGGCCUUUGCCCGAGGAAGCCGCAGACUACGGACAUGAUACACGCCGCAACGGGCGCAAUGGAAACGGUAGUCUCGGAUCAAGCAUCGGAGCCCAUUUCAAGGCAUCGCCACGAGCUUCACCUCGCACCUCAGCCGCUUCUUUGCGCGGUCGACACAGCGCUGCAGCCUCUAACAGUCCGCGCAACCGGCUUGGUCGGCGAUCGCGUUUCGUAGAGGCUACGAUGAGUGAUAGCGUCAGCGAGAAACCACCCAGUAUUUUCAUGCAUGAGAGCAAGCGAAAUAGCUCGAACAACCGUUCCUCGGGAAUCUUCCGCUUUGGCAAGGCCAUUGCAUCGGCAUUCAAUCCUUUUGGCGGCUGGAACAAGAGCUCGCCCGAGCACGAACAAAACAACAAGGCCCAGCCUCCAUCCGAUGCUCUCACCCAGGCGGAGCUAGCAUAUGCGGAACUGAAGAAGGCUGGCUACAAGGGCACCAACAAGGGUUCCUAUCUGCAAAGCCAGAAUGUCGACCAGACCAAUGCGGACCAAACGUUCAACGCCAUCUUGGAAAAGAUGGGAUAUGGUGGCCCGAUUGAGAGCUCAGUCAGCCCAUCGAUCGGCACGAACGAGAAUACAGCUCCUACUCCCUCUCGUUCGACAUCCAAGGCUUCCAAACGCUCGUCUUUCCAGGACAUUCGGAAGGCUACAUCUCUGGGACUUCCGUUUAUCAAGUCUCAAGAAACGACCACCACUGUCCCAUCGGCAUGUGCAGAGCGCUCAUCUGAAGAAUCAUUCGACAACCACGGUCUUCGCAAGCAAAAGUCACGCAGGGAGAUCUCCCGCCAGGCCAAGCUUCUCAAGAAAGUCAGCAAUCUCGAAGACAAACUUGAUCGUGCCCGCCGCGAGCUUCGUCAAUUGAGUGGAAACGAGGAACGACUGCCCGCGCCGACACCUGAACGCAAGUCUAUGAGUGUCGACAUGGACCCUGGAAGCUAUCCUCGGAAAUUCGUCCCCGGCGCACUCCCAACCUUGCCAUCUGAACGACUCUUGGAUCAACAAGCGACGAUUUCCGAAUCCCCCGAGCCCGAGUUGGGGCCAUUGACAGCUCUACCGUCCGUGGAGGGCCGAGCAAGCCUAUCGAUCGAGGACCAGGGACCUCUCUCAAGCCCGUCUGCGGCCAAGUCCCCGAAAAGACGGUCGAGAGAUUCGCGGCCAUCUUCCAUGGGUAAGGAAAGCUUUUCCCGCAAAAGGAAGUCGUCCCCAGUUCCUGAACCAGUCGCUAGUCGGAUCCUUCCUCAGUCCAGCCCGACGCACCGCACUGAUCUCGACGACGCCCUCUCAUCCGAAUACAAACACCUGAUCGACUCCGGCCUCCUCAGCCCACCCCGACAAGCGAAGUGGCCGAAAUUCGACAUGGGCGACAGCCCCGGCUCGGUCGAGCGCAAGCGACACCUGGACCACCCAGUCACACAAGAAGCAAGUCUCAACAACAAACGGUCCCCAUCUAUUCAGCCCCGAAAAUCUCCUGCCGGCUUAAACCGCUCACCAACCACCAAGGCCGUAGGAUCCCCACCUCCUCUCCGCAACCAACCGGGUCGUUCAAAUCUUCGCUCUGUAUCACCCAGCGCCAACACCGGCACGAGUGCCUUCCUCAGCUCAGACAAUGCUGGCCUCGACAACUGGCUCUCGCCUUCGCCCCCGCCAGCUAAGAGUGAAGUCCACCGUUCAUUUUAUCUCCAGCCGCAUCUACACCUCGACCCGGAUCGAACUCCACACUCUUCGCCAAGCAAGGGCAGUCCCCGGAAGAGACGAUGGCAGGACUCUGAUAUCCCACCUGUUCCGCCACUACCCAAGGAACUUCUACCAAAUGCAGCCAAAGUGACUCAGUUGCCUGCAAAGAAGCAGAGUCCAGGCAAGAACCUUGCGACGGCGUUGUCACCUCCAUCUCCAUCUGUUCAGAAUCAACAGCUUGCAAAUUUGGAGUACCCUUGGCCGGAUGAUAUCUUUUGA